UUAGGUCAAACGAUCUAAUAAUGUUUUCAGAAAAGUUGCCGCCUCUCUGUCGAAUGCAAUAUUUGAUUAGUACACACAGUGUCGCCAUAUACCCGCAACGCAGUCAAAUGUUCAGUCUUCUUUGCACACCACCCAUUAUUGGGAUUGGCCAGCCUUAUGUUAGAGCAUUCAACAAAGACGACAAACCAAGUGAUUUCAAAGCAAAACAAACGGACAAACUGCGCGAGUUAAAAUUGGAAUCUACAUCGCUUGAAUUUGUGUCGUGCUCUUUUACAACGAUGGAGAGACGACGCGUCCUUCGAAGCUGUGGUUUUCUAAUGUGUUUUGUCGUGGUGCAGUAUGCACACGGAGACCUGGGCUAUUCUACACAGGAGGAACUGAAACGCGGAUCUGUUAUUGGAAAUAUCGCUAAGGAUCUCGGGCUGGAGGUAGGCAGAUUGUCUGCUCGCAAAGCUCGUGUUUACAUGGAAGGUAACGACAAACAUUAUUGCGAGAUUAACCUUCAAAGUGGAGAUUUAUUGGUUGGAGAACGAAUCGACAGAGAGGAGCAUUGUGGAGAAAAGCCUUCAUGUGUUCUGAAAUUCGACUUGUUAUUAGAGAGUCCAUUGGAGUUACACCGGCUGUCUCUGCAGGUACAGGACAUAAACGACAAUGCACCGCUUUUCCCGAAGGAUACAGUGAAGCUGGAAAUCACAGAGUCAGCGAUGAGAGGAGCCAAAUAUCGUGUUAAUGCAGCCCAUGACGCAGACAUAGGCAAGAAUUCUGUUGAAAGCUACAUUUUAGAACACAAUUCCCACUUUGUCUUCAGUAUUCAGACGACAAGUGCUGGCAGUAAAUAUGGGGAACUGGUUUUGAAUAAGGAGUUAGACCGAGAGGAGCAACGGGAAAUGGAAUUAUUGCUCACGGCUGUGGAUGGUGGCUCUCCUCAGAGGUCCGGUACUGUAAUAAUACAUGUCAUUGUACUUGAUGCUAACGAUAACGCCCCAGUAUUUUCUGAGGCCGUAUAUACAGCCACAAUACCAGAAAACUCACCCAUGAAAACCAAAAUUAUCACUAUAAGUGCAACAGAUGCAGAUGAAGGUGUUAAUGGAGAGGUCACUUAUGAAUUUAGUCGAAUGUCUGAUAGAUCAAGAAAGCUUUUUUCACUGGAUGAGAAAACAGGAGAGAUCAGCGUGACAGGUGACAUAGAUUAUGAAGAGGGAUCCAAAUAUGUUUUGAAUAUUGAGGCCAAAGAUGGUUAUGGGCUCUCUUCAGAAGCUAAAGUGAUUAUUGAUAUCACUGAUGUUAAUGACAAUGCUCCAGUGAUUUAUAUAAAUUCGUUGUCUAACCCCAUACCCGAGAAUGUGUCACCUGGUACAGAGGUGGGCAUCAUUAACGUGCAGGACAAAGACUCAGAAAAUAACAAACAGGUCCGCUGCUCCAUUCAGCAAAAUGUCCCUUUUAAGUUAGUUCCUUCUAUUAAAAACUAUUAUUCUCUGGUGACCACAGGACAACUGGACCGUGAACUAGUGUCUGAUUACAACAUUACAAUCAGUGCCACUGACGAGGGCUCUCCACCUCUGUCCUCCUCUAAAACUGUUCAGUUAUCUGUAGCUGACAUCAACGACAACCCACCUGUGUUUGAGGAACAGUCCUACAGCGCAUAUGUGACUGAAAAUAACAAACCUGGCUCCACUUUAUGUUCCGUUACUGCUCGAGACCCCGACUGGAGACAAAACGGUACAGUGAUUUAUUCUCUGCUACCUGGUGAGGUGAACGGUGCCCCGGUGUCUUCAUAUGUAUCAGUGAACGGAGACACGGGGGUGAUCCACGCUGUGAGGUCGUUUGAUUAUGAACAGUUGAGGAACUUUAAAGUCCAGGUGAUGGCCAGAGACAACGGUUCUCCUCCGCUCAGCAGUAACGUGACCGUCAGUGUCUUCAUAUCUGAUGUGAAUGACAACUCUCCUCAGAUACUGUAUCCUGCUCUCGAGGGCAACUCCUUCAUGACUGAGCUGGUCCCCAAAGCUGCACACGGAGGCUCUCUGGUGUCCAAAGUGAUAGCAGUGGACGCGGACUCCGGACAGAACGCCUGGCUGUCCUAUCGUAUAGUUACAUCCACUGACUCGGGACUUUUCACUAUCGGUGUCCACAGUGGAGAGAUCAGGACACAGCGGGACAUUUCAGAAUCUGACAGCAUGAAACAGAACCUUAUUGUUGCGGUGAAAGAUAACGGACAGCCCUCUCUCUCUGCCACCUGCUCCAUGUAUUUAAUUAUUUCUGAUAACUUGGCUGAGGUGACAGAACUGAAGGACAUUUCUUAUGACGAGAAGAAUUCCAAAAUGACCUCUUAUCUGAUCAUCGCCCUUGUCUCUGUGUCCACCUUUUUCAUGACCUUCAUUAUCAUCAUUCUGGGCGUGAGGUUUUGUCGCAGGAGAAAGCCCAGACUGUUGUUUGACGGAGCAGUCGCCAUUCCCAGCGCUUAUCUCCCUCCCAAUUACGCAGAUGUUGACGGCACAGGAACUUUACGCAGCAAUUACAAUUAUGACGCCUACCUGACAACAGGAUCUAGAACCAGUGACUUUAAGUUUGUGACAUCUUACAAUGACAACACACUGCCUGCUGACCAGACUCUGAAGAAAAGUCCUAGUGACUUUGCUGAAGUGUUUGGAGACUGUGAUACUUCAUCUGAGGUAUGAGCAGGUUUUAAUCUAUUUGUUUAUGCAUUUUCAUGAUAAUACACAUCAUUCAGUCACUUGCUUUUCCUUCUUUGUAAUCUUUUGAAAUUCACUUUCAUGGAGUCGCGUAGUUUUAUAAAUGAAUGCAGCCUUAAUGCUGAAGGUAAAUUGUCUUUUGCCCCUGGAAGCUACAUUUUGGGCGACGUAUUGUGGAACAUGGUGUAGCCUGCGCGUCAGCUUUCGUGUCUCUGUCCUUGGUGCUGAACCCAAAUAUUUGCUCUUGUAGUUUAUUUUAAGGAGCAUACCAACUCGCUCUUUGCAUGGCGUAGGUCAUUUCGAUUAUGUAAUCCUUAGAUCGAAUUGGAAUGCAUGAUUGAUCAUUGUAGCAUUGCUAAAAAAAAAAAAAAACUUUGGCGGAAAGCUUUUGCACAGUAUUGAACAUCAAUUUGGCAUAUUUUGUCAGUUUAAUUUUGUGUUGUCUGGUAUCUUUCAAUCUAUCUACUUAUCUUUUUUGGAGGGAAAGUUCCUCCACUAUGAUUAUUUCUUUUGUCCGUAAUUUGAAAGCAUAUAGAUUUUUAGGUAGUGUUUUCUAACUUCAAUACCUUAUGUAUGAUCUUGGUGAUUUGUGCCUCACGAAUUGGGCUGCAGCUUCUUGUAAUUGUCACUGUCCAUGGUGCUGAAGUUUGUGGUUACUGUGUUAAGAACUCUGUUUUUGUCUCUUCACCUCUUAACUGUUUAUGGAAAUUGUUUUGUAAUUGGAAAUUGAAAGAUGAUA